CAUGUCACCACCUUUACUGUUGAGAUAACCUUAUAAGAAACGUCGAGCAUAUGCUGGUUUAAAUAUUUUCCUCCACUCAUUAUAUCGUGGCGUUUUGAAAGGUGAACAGUCGCAGCUAUCAGCUGUCUAUACCUGUGUUUCCGGGGAACUGUUAUGAGAACGGACAUGUAAACAGUCCAAGUAAAUUCCCAAGGAAUGAGCCUCCAGGAAACGUGUUCGACCAGAUUCGCUAGUCUGCAAUAUCUUUCUCUUCAUGUUUACUGGCGCAUUUGCGUACAUACCUUUCCAAUAUUAAAAAAAAAUGAAAUUACUUUUUCUCGCUUGUCUCGAUCCCAAAUCAGGAAAUCACACCACUGCUGAGCGAAUCAGGUCCCACAUUGAAUCGGCGGGUCACACGUGUGAGCUCAGACAUGCAGAAGAAUUUGAGUCUUCCUCAGACGUGGCAAAUCUGGUAUCACAAAAUCCUCAGUUUGAGGGUGCACUGGCCAUUCAUCUAUUCAAAGCAGGCAGACUUCUGCUAGACAUCCAAGUACCCUUUGGCAUUAUCUUUGGUGGAACAGACAUCAAUGAAGAUGUGAAAGUUGAGACGAGACGUGUGGUUAUGGCAAAGGUUCUACGUAAAGCACGGUUUGCUGUUGCAUUUACAAAAGAACUGAAGAAAGAGGCUGAGCUAUAUUUGCACUCCCAGAGCAGCAAAAUCUCUGUCCAGCCACAAGGUAUUGAAACCCAAGCAACAGAGGAUUUCAGCUGGUCUGAAUUCUUACGGAGAUCAGGUGUAAGUGGUGGGCAUGUGGAACGGCUUCAUGUCUUCCUCUUGAUCUGUGGUCUCAGAAGAGUCAAGGACCCUCUCUAUUUAGUGCAGAGUUUUUCAGAGUGGCAUAGUGAGAAUCCUCAGAAUGUGCUUCUUAUCAUUGGUCCAAGGAUCGAUCCUGUGCUUACUGAUGAAGUCGAAGCUGUUGUGAAGAGAACAGCAGGGGUCUUCUUAGCCCGGGAGAGGAGCCAGCCUGAGCUCCACGCCGCCAUGAAAAGGUGCUUUGCUGUGGUCAACAGUUCCAUCUCAGAGGGCAUGUCAGCAGCUAUCUUGGAGGCAAUGGAUCUGGGGUUACCUGUGGUGGCCAGGGACAUUCCAGGCAAUAAAGCCGUGGUGCAACAUGAGGUCACUGGUCUGCUCUAUUCUUCCCCUCAGGAAUUUGUACAUCAGUCUCGGAGGCUGUUGUCAGAUCAUGAGCUGAGAGAGAGAGUGACAAGGAAUGGAAAAGCUUACGUGGUGAAACAUCACAGCCUAAAACAAGAGAGAGAAACCUACCUGAGGUUGGUGGACACGCUGCACUAAGGCCACAUCGCUUAAGUCCUCAGUUUACAUCGGUCAUGUCUACACAAACGCGAAUAUUUUUGUGGGUUUUGGUCUGUCUUGUUUAUAUACCUGUUUACAUAUAAAUAUUCUUAAACGUUGAUGAUGUAGCUGGAUUUGGGGAUUUUUUUAUUUAAGACUCAUAAACUGAAAAGAAAAAUAUUUAGUUUGUGGAUAUAUUCCUAAUCAAUAUUGCUGUAUUUUACAAGUAAACGUUUUAAACUAUACAUUUUGUAUUGGUGCUUGGAUCCAAAGGGAUAACUAUGAGGCAAUACAACUGCAAAAUAUUUGCUCAAGUAUACAUCUGAACUUGCACUAUUUGUUCGGAUUAAAUUCAUAAAAUGUU